CAAGAGGAGGAGGAGGAAGAAGAGCCACCGCUGCCCGCCAAAUUCAAAGGGAUGUAAACAUUUGCCCUCUUGUUUUUUUACUAUCGAUAUGUGUGAAGACCGACGACUUAACUAACAGUGACCAUUCAUUUAUCAACAAUGACUUUGAACGGCAAAGGAUCUGGCGAGUCAACACAAGCUGCCGCCAGUGGUGACAGUGAUUCCAUCAAAGUGUUUGUGCGGGUGCGACCUUUGACCCAGGGCACUGGGCUGACCACAGAUGGAGAUCAGGCUCUGUGUCUCACAGUCACUUCUCCUAACACCAUCCGUCUGCACUCGAAGCCAGAACCACGAACGUUCACCUAUGAUCAUGUCGCUGACAUGGACACGUCCCAGGACUCUGUAUUCUCCAGUGUGGCCAAGAAUAUUGUUGAGUCUUGCAUGAAUGGUUACAAUGGUACUAUUUUUGCUUAUGGACAAACAGGCUCGGGGAAAACAUUCACCAUGCUGGGACCAUCUGAUUUUGAUAACUUCACAGAUGAACUGCGGGGAGUUAUACCUCGAAGUUUUGAGUACUUGUUUUUUCUCAUCAACAGAGAAGUCGAACGGUCCGGGAACACAAAGAGUUUCCUUUGCAAAUGUGCCUUCAUUGAGAUCUACAAUGAACAAAUAUACGACCUCCUUGAUAGCGCCUCACCCAACCUUUUCCUCAGAGAGAACAUCAAGAAAGGUGUGUUUGUCGAGGGAGCUGUGGAGAAGAUUGUCACCUCAGCUGCUGAAGCUUAUCAGGUGCUCUCUAUGGGCUGGCGUAAUCGAAGAGUAGCCUCCACCUCCAUGAACCGUGAGUCUUCGAGGUCCCAUGCAGUUUUUACCAUGACAUUAGAGUCCAAGGAGUCCGUCAAUGAAGUAGUGAACAUCCGCAUGUCUCAACUGAACCUGGUGGAUCUGGCAGGGUCUGAGAGGCAGAGAGACACACACACAGAAGGCUCGAGGCUCAAGGAGGCCAGCAGUAUCAACCGCUCCCUCAUGUGCCUUGGUCAGGUGAUCAUGGCACUGGUCGACGUGUCCAACGGGAAGAACCGGCACAUCUGCUACAGAGAUUCCAAACUCACCUUCUUGCUAAGGGACUCUCUUGGAGGAAAUGCAAAGACUUAUAUCAUAGCCAAUGUGCACCCUGGCUCCAAGUGUUUUGGAGAAACGUUGUCUACCUUGCAGUUUGCCCAGAGAGCAAAGCUGAUCAAGAACAAGGCCAUGAUCAAUGAGGACACACAGGGAAAUGUGAGGCAGUUACAGGCCGAGGUGAAGAAGCUGAAGGAGCAGCUUGCACAGGCACUCUCCUCUCAGGGGCAAAUGAUGGACAGUGGGAGAGACGUGGCACCAGGAGGACCCCAACUCUCCACGGGUGCAUCCUCUGAACUCAACCCUGAUGUCUCAUACAAAUCAAAAUUUUUGGCUGCUGUUUGCCUGUGGAGGAAGCGAGAAGAUGAGAAGAAGAUGCUGCUCCAGAAGGUGGCUCAGCUCGAGGAUGCCUGGGCACAGAAAGAGAAGUUCAUCCACUCUAGCCGCAUGAUCGUCAAGUUUCGCGAGGACCACAUCUCUCGGCUGGAGAAAAAACUUAAGGGAGGACAGAGCUCAGAUGAGGAUAGUCAAGCUCUGAUUGACCAGCUGAAGGAGGAAAUAAAGAUCCUUAAGGAUCAGAUUGAGCAUCACCCAAAGAUGACCCGAUAUGCAGCAGAGAACUACAGCCUGAGGGAGGAGAACCGUCACCUCCGCUCGCUUGAAUCAGUGAGGAGAGCUGAGGAGGCUGCAGGCCAGGCUGCUGCUGAGCUGGAGGAGGCUUUCCACAGGGCACAUGAGACAGAGAGGCAAACACGAACACAGCCAGCUUACUCAACCCCUGUGACUGCAGAAUCCGUCUCAACCACCUCCAUGGAGAGGCUAAAGGCUCAGCUACUUCAGAAACAGUCGGAGCUCACAGCCACCAUUCAGGCGUUCGAAGAGUACAAAGAAGUUACCAAGAAACAGAUGACUGAGCUGGAGUCUGAGAAGAGAUACCUCGACAAGUCCAACAGGCAUUUGGAAAACAUACUGGAAGCCACAAAUGCUCACAAAAAACAGGAACUCUCUCAGCUCAAUAGAAUUCAUGUUGAAACUAUCAAGAUUCUCACUACACCAACUAAGUCGUACAACCUGCGGUCACGGGUGGUGCCUUUCUCCAGUCCAGAACACUUGAACGGCACAGCGGAGGAUGUGGAGGACAUCCGAGGGGAGCAGCCUCCCCCAGAGAUGACUGAGUUGGCCUGUGAGGCUCUGACUGAGGAACUUCGACAAGUGCAGGAGCAAGCCAGUCGUGUGCAGACACAGUUGGAUGAGGAGGAGCUGAAGAGCAACAAGCUGACGCAGCAGAUCACAAAGCUUGAGGAGCAAAUAGCUGUGAUUUCACAAGAGUCUGACCGCAAGGAUGAGCUACUCUCUACUGAGCAAUCCAAUAGGAACAAAGAGCAGCUCAGCCUGCAAGAGACCAUAGACAACCUUCAGCGGACCCUGCAGUCUGAGAAGCAGGCUGGGGAAGUUUUGAAGAGCGAGAUCUGUGACCUGCGCCUGGUGUUGCAGUCGUCUGACAAGGAGUUGGCGGCUGUGAAGACGGAGCUGAAGGAAGGGCAGAGUCAGCAGCAGAAAGAGAUGAGUCAGAUCUCCAGCAGCAUGAUCAGCACACAGCUUCAGCUCGACAAAGUCCAGCUGGAGUGGGAGCAGCUUCUGGAGCAGCACAGGACGCUGCAGGACUCCUUCGACCAGCUGCAGGCAGAGGCCAAGUUUGAAGCUGAUCAGGCCAGGCAGCAGCUGCAGGACAGGCAGCAGGAGAUUGACCAUCUGAAGGCAGAGGUCACGGAUUUGAGAAGUUCCCUGCAAACUGAGCAAGAACACACCAACACCCUGACCUCCCAGUUAAGAGAAAACAAGGAAACUACAUCAAAGGAACUUGUUGACACUAUGGAGCAGAAUGCACAGCUAAGAAAACAAGUCUCUGAUCAGAUUGCACAAAAUCAACAACAGGCCUCUAACAUUGCAAAUCUUGAGCAAAAUCUGACCAGUGCCAGUGAAACCAUAAAUGGCUUGGAGCAGAAGAUUGAACAGGACAAAGGUGUUGUGCUGGAUCUGAUUAACCAAACCAGAGACCUCCGCAGUGAGCUGGGCCAGAAGGACCAGAACCUCGCUCUUCUGUCUGGAGACAUGAAAGACAUUACAAUUAAGUACAAUGCCGCCUGCCUUGAAAGGGAGGACAUCAGGGAGCAGAACUCCAGGAUGCAGACAGAGCUUUGUGUCCUGAAGGAGGCAAUAGAAAGGAAGGUAGCAUCCAACCGGAUAGAGGUUGAGGUACUGCAGGAGGAGGUGGCGUAUGCCACUGAGGAAGUCGAGAGACUCACCAAGGUAUUAGAUGAGCAGAAUAGUCUCCUCCAAGCCUCUCAGGAACAAACUGCCCAGAAGGAGGUCACAAUCCAGAAUCUACAACAGAAGCUGAAACAACAGGAAGAAGCUCUUGAAAAAACUAUCAGGAAUGGAGACUUCAAUCCCAUUCUAGAGUCAUCAGUCACACCUAAACCAUUAUCCCGGACACCUUGCACCCCAAGGAGUUUCAACAGGGAUCUGACAGAGGUGCUGGAGAACCAGGAGAGGGAGCUGGAGAGCCGACGCUCCUCCAUGGUUACCAUGGAGAUUCUUCUAGCAGAGCUGAAUGCUGAGAGGGCUGCUAAAAAUGAGGAGAUCCAAAGGCUCAAGACCCAGCUCAAUGAAAAGGAGAUCGUCCGAAUGGAGAUCCAGGCUUUGCUUGACCAGUUCUACACCAAGCAGAACAACCUGGAACAGACUGGGAACACAAAUGGUGAGCUGUUGAAUGAGGCCAUUAAGCAAUCCAUGCUUAGAGAGCUACAAGAGGAGCGUGCAGAAAAGAGCUCAUUAAUACAGAGGCUGUCUGAAGCUCAACAAAGACACCAGGCCCAGGAGUCGGUGCUGGCCCAGUCUCAGACCUGCAUUCAGCAGCUUACCACUGAGCUGAGGAACCGCUGUUUGGAGUUAAGAGAGCUGAGCGAGAGGGAACAGGACCAGGAGAAGUUACUCCAGGAGGUUGAGGUUCUCCGUAAACAGGUCGUCCAACUCUCUGAGGAGAACGGUAAACUUGUUGGACAUAAGAACCAUAAACAGAGGAUUGAAUAUUUGGUGAAGCUGAAAAAGGACAACACCAAACUUCAUGAGGAAAAUGAAAAGCUCCGAUCAGAGAUAAGCUUAAUGCGAGACAACAUUGGAUGCCUCCCAUCCGAGAUGAUGUGAAUCCCUGAUUUUUUUUUUUCUUUCUUUUUUUACUUCCUGGCUGGAGAUGAACCCACAUUUCUUCGAUUUGGAAAGUAAUCUCUUUUUUAAAAAAUUUUAAAUAUGUUUUUAACUAAUCUGACUUCUUGUAGCAUCGAUAGAGCUUUCGUCAACCCCAUAAGUCACAAGAUCAAAGGGACUGUGAUUCAUAAAACUGUAUUUUUCUGUUUUUACAAGGGAUAGACAUUGAUAAUACUGCCAUAGUUUACAGCUGAAUAUAUUUUUAACCUCUCAAAGUCCUGACUUGAGCAUACCUAUGCCUGUCAUCACACCAGCAUAAAGUACUUGUGAUAAGACUGCCGUCAGUACACUGCCUUCCUGGGUCUUCUGCUGGAGGUGGACUUGAUGUAGUGAAACUGUUCAACUGUUUUCAGGCUAAGUAGUGAAAACACAACAAUGCCAAAUAGUAUGUUCAUCUGAAAAACUGUAUACAAAAACAUUUUACAUGUUCAGGUGCUCAGAUCUGUUGUGCCUCUGUCUGAAUGAUGCUGUGAUUCUUGACUGAGCUGUUGUAUCCAAGUUAUUUUCUACUUUUUGUUAGACCAUAUCGAGGUAUGUAAGUGAGGUAUGAGCCAAACAUCUCUUUGGCAUGGUCAGAUUUUAUUGUCCUUUUAUUAUUUUAAUAAAGAAAUUAUUUUUUCCUUA